AUGCCGAACCUCUUCUCCGCGGCGAUUCGUCCGUACCUUCGGAGUCUUUGGAGCGGGUUCCCCGCGAUGACGGCGGCCGAGGACGUCAAGAUGAUCCUUGUGGUGCGGAAGGAUUUGAAAAUGGGAACGGGCAAAAUCGCGGCGCAGUGCGCGCACGCCGGGGUCGCGGUGGUGGAGGAGGUGUUGUGUUUAAAAUCCGCCUAUCAACGCCCGAUCCACGGCGACGCCGGCGACCCCGCGGCGGCGAACCUCGCGACGGAUCUGCACCCGUGGAUUCGCUGGCAUGACACCUGGCGGGUGAGUGGGAGUACGAAGGUGGUGCUGCAAUGCCCGGAUGAGGCCGCCCUCCAGCGCGUCGCCGCCCGGGCGAGGGAAAAGCGGCUGCCGUAUUACAUCGUUCGCGAUGCCGGCCGCACGCAGGUGGCAGCGGGGAGUAAAACCGUCGUGGCGGUCGGCCCGGGCCCUCGAUUUUUGGUCGAUCAGGUCACGGGGGAUCUAAAACUUCUAUAA